UCCCUGUCUCUCAGGUGCACCUGCAGCCCCAAGCCAUGUCCUGCUACAGCCCGUGCCGGCCCUGCCAGCCCUGUGGCCCCACCCCGCUGGCCAACAGCUGCAAUGAGCCCUGUGUCAGGCAGUGCCAGGACUCCACCGUGGCCAUCCAGCCCUCGCCUGUGGUGGUGACCCUGCCUGGCCCCAUCCUCAGCUCCUUCCCCCAGAACACCGCCGUGGGAUCCUCCACCUCUGCUGCUGUUGGCAGCAUCCUCAGCUCUCAGGGAGUGCCCAUCAGCUCUGGGGGCUUUGGCCUCUCAGGCUUGGGCAGUGGCCUCUGUGGCACGAGGUGCUUUCCCUGCUGA